AUGGUGGCGUGCGUCGCGCUCGCCGUCGUCGUCGUCGCGAGGGCGUCGGCGCCGGUGCGCGGCGACGAAAGCGCCGCGAGGAAAGUGCGCCGUGGCGAACGCGCGACGAAGGACGACGCCGACGACGCGCGCGCGCAGUCAAACCGACGCGCGAACGUGCUGAGCGCGAUCGGAAACACGCCUGUGAUGCGCGUGGAGUCGUUGUCGCGCUUGACGCGAUGCGACAUCUACGUCAAGUGCGAGUUUCUCAAUCCCGGCGGCUCGGUGAAGGACCGCGUGGCUCUGCGAAUCGUCGAGGACGCCUUAGCCAGUGGCGCGCUGCGACGAGGAGGGUUGUGCACCGAAGGUACCGCGGGGAGCACGGGAGUAUCGCUCGCCAUGGUGUGCAAAGCGAUGGGGGUGGAAUGUUUCGUCGCCAUGCCGGACGACGCCGCGAAGGAGAAAUCGGCGCUCGUCGAGGCGUACGGCGCUCGGGUGGAGCGCGUGCGACCGGUGUCGAUCGCAAAUCGUGGACACUUUGUCAAUGUGGCCAGACGCGAGGCUGAGCGCGCACGCGCGCGCGACGGCGUGGGCGGAGGGUACUUUGCAGAUCAGUUUGAGAAUUUAGCGAACUUUCGCGCGCACGCCGACGGCACGGGAGUGGAAAUAUUUUCUGAAAUCGGCGCCGAACUCGACGCCUUUGUGUGCGCGUGCGGUACCGGGGGCACGCUCGCGGGUGUGGGGGUGGCGCUGAAGGAACGGAAGCCGUCUGUCAAGCUCUUUCUCGCGGAUCCGCAAGGAAGCGGGUUGUUUAAUCGCGUCUCGCGCGGCGUCAUGUAUACGAAAGAAGAGGCGGAGGGAAAGCGCUUGAAGAACCCGUUCGAUACCGUGACGGAAGGUGUGGGAAUCAAUCGCAUCACGGAGAAUUUCAAAGUUUUGCUCGAUCGUCCGGGAAUGCUCACGGGCGCCGUGAAGGUGAGCGACGCCGAGGCUGUCGCGAUGAGCCGCUUCGUCGCGAGGCACGACGGGCUCUUCAUCGGAAGCUCAAGCGCCGUCAAUCUCGUUUCUGCGGUGCGCGUGGCGCAAUCGCUCGGACCAGGACAUUGCAUUUGCACGAUCGCGUGUGACAGCGGACUGCGUCACAUGACGAAAUUCUGGGACGACGAAUAUCUCGCCAAGAUCGAUUUGACGUCUCACGAUGUCGCGUCGGCUGAUUCCUUAUCGUUUCUCGACGACGACACGGUGGUGACUGCGGCGCGUUGUUAG